GAAAAAUGAGGUCAACAGGAGUGGACAGCGCCCAGGAGGUGGGCCAGAAGGCAGUCGCAGGAGGAAUUUGGCUCUGCUGCCGGGGAAUCUAGGCCACCUGCACUCCCAGGGGUCCUGGGGAGGUGCCUAGCCCUCCAUGUGGCCAUACUCCUCGGCCAGGCCUUGGGCCAGCACUUUGAAAGGAAAGGCCUGGAGAGGCAUGGCCUGGUGGUGUCUGGAUGGGCUGCCCCAAGGCCUGGCCGAGCCGUGGAGAGAACUGUGGAGACUGAGCUCCGGGCCUAUGCACUGUGUACCCACUGCGUCCUCUCCAGCCAGGAGCAGCAGGGACAGUAGGAACCUGAGGAGGGGGAAUGUAGAUGGCUGGAGACAGAAUCUAGAAUCUGCAAGUCCCAUGGAUAUGUUCCAGCCUUCAGGUCUCUCUGGCUUGAUCCCUCCCUCCCACUUCCAAUCCCGGCCCAUAUCCACCCGGUCGAGGAUGGCCCCCACCUGGGCUUCAGACAACCCCAUUGUCCAGGCCCCCCAAGAUGUGUCACAGAGGCGGCUGGAAACGCACCGACACCAAGUGGCCAUGUGGGAUCGGGAUGUUUGCGGCGACGGGCAGGAGCCGGGGCAGAGAGGCAGGUCGCUGGAACUGGGAGGGUCACAGGCCCUGAGCCAGCAAGCUGAGCUGAUCUCUCGGCAGCUGCAAGACCUGCGGCGGCUGGAGGAGGAGGUCCGGGUCCUACGGGAGACCUCGCUGCAGCAGAAGAUGCGUUUGGAAGCCCAGGCCAUGGAGCUGGAGGCGCUGGCUCGGGCCGAGAAGGCCGGCCGGGCUGAGGCCGAGGGCCUGCGCGCAGCCUUGGCUGGGGCCGAGGUCAUACGGAAGAACCUGGAAGAGGGAAGCCAACGGGAACUAGAAGAGGUUCAGAGGCUGCACCAAGAGCAGCUGUCCUCCUUGACCCAGGCUCACCAGGAGGCUCUUGCCAGUUUGACCCAGAAGGCCGAAGGCCUAGAGAAAUCCCUGUGUAGUCUGGAGGCCAGACGGGCAGGGGAGGCCAAGGAGCUGGCCGGGACACAGCGGGAAGCCAAGCUCCUUCGGGAGCAGCUGAGCAAUACCCAGAAAGACCUGGAAGCUCACGUGACUCUGGUGGAGAAUCUGAGGAAAUAUGUUGGGGAGCAGGUCCCUCCAGAAACCUGCAGCCAGGCCUGGGAGCAGGAGCGAGAGGAGCUUCUGGAAACCAUGCAGAACCUGCAGCAGGACCGUGACAGCCUGCGUACCACCGCCGAGCUGUUGCAGGUGCGCGUGCAGAGCCUCAUGCACAUCCUCACGCUGCAGGAGGAGGAGCUGGCCAGGAAGGUUCAACCCUCGGAUUCUCUGGAACCUGAGUUCACUAAGAAGUGCCAGUCCCUCCUGAACCGCUGGCGGGAGAAAGUAUUUGACCUCAUGGUGCAGCUGAAGGCCCAGGAGCUGGAGCACCGGGACUCUGUGAAGCAGCUGAAGAGCCAGGUGGCCGAGCUCCAGGAACAAGUGACAACCCAGUGCCAGGAGCACGCCAUCCUGCAGCGUUCCCUGCAGGACAGAGCUGCGGAGGUGGAGGUGGAGCGGAUGGGUGCCAAGACCCUGAAGCUGGAGCUGAGCCGGGCCCAGGAGGCCAAGCACCGGCGACAGCAGCAGACAGCCUCGGCCGAGGAGCAGCUGAAACUUGUCGCCAAUGCCAUCAGCAGCUCUCAGGUCUGCCUCCAGAGCACCAUGGCAAAGGUGGAGCAGGCAGUGGCCCGGCUGCCCAGCCUCAGCAACCGACUCAGCUAUGCUGUGCGCAAGGUCCACACUGUCCACGGCCUGAUGGCUCGAAAGCUGGCCCUUGCUCAGCUGCGCCUGGAGAGCUGCCCUCCACCCCCGCCUCCACCCCAGCUGAUCGAGGACACGAGCCUGGAGCUUCAGCAGCUUCGGGAAGAACGGAACCGACUGGAUGCCGAGCUGCAGCUGAGUGCCCGCCUCAUCCAGCAGGAGGUGGGCCGGGCCCGGGAGCAAGGCGAGGCGGAGCGACAGCAGCUGAGCGAGGUGGCCCAGCAGCUGGAGCGGGAGCUGCAGCAGACCCAGGAGUCCCUGGCCAGCGUGGGGCUGCAGCUGGAGGCAGCCCGCCAGGGCCAGCAGGAGAGCACCCAGGAGGCGGCCAGCCUGCGGCAGGAGCUUACCCAGCAGCAGGAGGUCUACGGGCAAGCUCUGCAAGAGAAGGUGGCUGAGGUGGAAACGCGGCUGAGGGAACAGCUGACGGACACGGAGAGGAGGCUGAACGAGGCCCGGAGGGAGCACGCCAAGGCCGUGGUCUCCCUGCGCCAGAUCCAGCGCAAAGCCACCCGGGAAAAGGAACGGAACCAGGAGCUCAGGCGUCUGCAGGACGAGGCCCGGAAGGAAGAGGGGCAGCGGCUGGCCCAGCGCGUGCAGGAGCUGGAGAGGGACAAGAACCUCAUGCUGGCCACCUUGCAGCAGGAGGGUCUCCUCUCCCAUUACAAGCAGCAGCGACUCUUGGCAGUUCUUCCUUCUCUGCUGAACAAGGAGAAAUCCUCGGAGUGCAGGCUCCGGCCUACAGGGUCCUCAGCAUCCACCCCUCCAGCAGCAUUGUCCUGCACCAAGACCUCCACAAAGGCGUCCAUCUCUGUCCUGUUGGAUAACCUGCAGGGCCUGAGUGAGGCCAUUGCCAGAGAGGAAACUGUCUGCCAAGGAGACAAACCCGAAGCCUCCUCCUCCUCCAGCCUGUAACUCAACAGCUAAGCAGCUAAGAGGAGCUAAGAACAAGAGCCCCA